AUGCCAUCCCGUAGUCGUUCCAGAAGUCCACACUACGGCGAGAUUCGAUCUUAUGAUCGAAGGCGCCGAAGUCGAUCGCCAGAUAGAAAACCAGUCGUAGAAGUCACUCAAGAUCGCCAAAACGACGAUCAAGGUCUCCGAGAUACCGAAGUCGUUCUCGUUCUCCUGGUAGAAGAUACCGAAAAAGAUCAAGGUCACGAUCAGGAUCUCCACGGCGUUCGAAAAGAAGUCGGUCACGUUCUCCUAGAUCACGACGUCAUAAGGAUUCUAGAUGUAUCUCUUGAAGGAUUGGAUGAAGAGGAAAAAAUGAUGAAAUUGAUGGGAUUCUCCGGCUUCGAUUCAACAAAAGGAAAACAUGUUGACGGCACAAAUAACGCAGAAGGUACUCGAAUUCAGCAAAAGAGAAGAUACAGAAACAAAAAUCCAUAUGUGCAAGUUCUGUUGCCAUCUACUUACUGGAGUUGUCAAAAUAUCGAUGCUCAUCGCAAACUACCGUUAAAUUAUGAGUGUAACGAUUAA